AUGCACAAUAGGAGAAUGGCUUUUGGUCAAAAUGCAGAGGGCCAGAAUUCGGAGUACGAGGUUUUGGAAGAAAUUGGAAGGGGCUCCUUUGGGUGUGUUCGGAAGGUAAUGCACAUACCAACAAAUAAGCUUAUGGUAAGAAAGGAAAUAAAAUACGGCCAUAUGAAUUCGAAAGAGAGGCAGCAACUGAUUGCGGAAUGCUCAAUCUUGAGCCAAUUAAAGCACGAAAAUAUAGUUGAAUUCUACAACUGGGAUUCUAAUAAAGAUGUAUUGUAUCUUUAUAUGGAAUAUUGUAGCAGUGGGGAUUUGUCGCAAAUGAUCAGCUACUAUAAAAAAGAGAGGAAAUACAUUCCGGAAAAACUAAUUUGGAGCAUAAUGGCGCAAAUACUGACCGCAUUAUAUCGAUGCCAUUAUGGUACGGAUCUGAUACCUCUAGAAACCAUUUAUGAUAAAGCUAAGCCACCUAUCAAAGGCAAUAAUUUGGUAAUUCACAGAGACCUAAAGCCUGGAAAUAUCUUCUUGAGCACCAGGAAAUGGGAAGGUGAUGAAUAUUCACCCAAAAAGAUGGAUUACAAUAAAGUCCUUGUCAAAUUAGGAGAUUUUGGACUCGCAAAAUCCUUAGAAUCCAGUAUUGAAUUUGCUACUACUUACGUUGGCACACCGUAUUAUAUGUCUCCUGAAGUUUUGAUGGAUCAGCCCUAUUCUCCUUUGAGUGAUAUAUGGUCUUUUGGUUGUGUGAUAUAUGAGAUGUGCUCACUGCGUCCUCCAUUUCAGGCUAAAACAUACAUGGAAUUACAAAGACGAAUAAAGACAGCCAGGUUUGAAAGGAUUCCAGAUUACUACUCUCACGAAUUACAAAGUGUUAUCAAAUCCUGCAUAGAUAUCAAUCUCGGCACGCGACCUUCCGCCUACACUUUGUUACAAGAUAUACAACUUCGCAUCGCUAGAAAAUCUCUUCAACUGGAGAGAUUUGAAGACAAUCUAUUCGAUUAUGAGAGGGAACUAAUCAAUAUUGGUAAUAUCUUGGAACAGCAGGCAGGCGAAUACGAAAUGGAAAUGGCUAAUAUAAGAUCUCAGUAUCGAAAGGAAUUCGAAGCUGCAGUGGAACAGCGAGUAAGAGAAAUCAUGAGUGGUAAAAAGAUAAGUGGGGCACCAGAAUUGAUGAAUGGGAGGAAGCAGCUACACCGACCUGACUACCAUUGGCGCAUGCGUGAGCGUGAGCGCUGA